AUGCUGCGUCACAUCGACUGGGACCCGCAGCAACGUCGAUGGCGCCAGCAAGAGCCAUCUCUCCCCUCUUCCCCACGGGGGCAUCAGCAGGCAUUAGAAGGAGGCCGAACGCCACCACCCCGGCGAGAGGCUCCACCACCACCGCUGGGGUUUACAGCCGCCUUCGUGAGCCCCUCCCAUUCUGCGGCUCUGAGAUCGGUAUCGUCUCCUUUACCACAGGCAGCUUCUCCGCCCGGUUCGCCGCACGAAAGUCUUUUUGGCUGCCUGGGGUCAGUCAAUGAUGGCAGAAGUGUUCUCCAUGACACCAUAAGCAAUCAGUGUUGUCACGCCGACAGCGUGUUGAUGUGGCGCCAGGAGGCGUUACGGAAGGAACGUGAACUCACUGAGCGUGAGGAGGAGUUCCACGCCCUUGUGCAAAUGCAGCAUGCUGCGUGCCAAGAACGACUAGAGGAGAUCUCGCGCAAGGAAAAGUGCCUGCUGGAGUGGGAGCAGCGGUUGCGCUUCGCGGAGAAACCCACGCAGACAGAAAAACAAGAGCAGUAA